AGAGCAGACUACCAAAAAAGAGGUCAUGUCUGGGAAAACCCGGACAUAUGGUAAUCCUAUGUCCCUGGUCCAGCCUGCCCAGCUGUGUCCUGCCCCCAGCCCGUGUCCUGCUCCUGGCCUAUGUCCUGCCUCCAGUCCAGCAGUGUCCUGUCCCUGCCCAUGUCCUGCCCCCAGCCCAGUUCAGUGCCCAUGUUUUGCAGGCCACUGCCCCUCUCCUACGUAGUGUUCGACGGGCCUGCGCCACAGCCCCCACUCGUCUUCUUGCAUGGCCUGCUGGGCAGCAAGGGCAACUUCCGCGCCAUCGCCCGGGCCCUGGUGCAGCGGAGCGGCCGCAAGGUGCUGACAGUGGACGCGCGGAACCAUGGCGAGAGCCCGCACAGCCCCACCAUGAGCUACGAGGCCAUGAGCCUGGACGUGCAGCGCCUCCUGCGCCGGCUGCACAUCCCCAAGUGCGUCUUGGUUGGCCACAGCAUGGGCGGCAAAACCGCCAUGACACUGGCGCUGCAGCGGCCAGAUCUUGUGGAGCGCCUGGUGUCUGUAGACAUUAGUCCCACAGAGAGCGUGGCUGUGACAGAUUUCCCGGCCUACAUCUCUGCCAUGAGGAGAGUGAGCAUCCCAAAUGGAAUCCCCCGCUCCACAGCACGCCGGCUGGCAGAGGAUCAGCUGCGUCCAGCCAUCCAGGUGUCGGCGGUAAGGCAGUUCCUG